UUACGCUUCUCUCCCCACUCCUCUGAAUCCUCUCCACCCGCACCACGCCGCGGCCGCGCCUGCUCGACUUGCCCCGACACGAUCCCCAACCCUCUCGCGGCUCCAGUUCAGAGAGAAGCUCCCACCGGAGAGCGGCGAGGGAGUUUAAGGUUUCAAGCGCCCCCGAUCGCAUCUAGCCGGCAUCGAGGAGAAUGCCUCGCAAGGUUGUAUCCGGACCUGACUACGAUGAUGAGUACGAUGACUAUGAUGAGUAUGAUGAUGACUAUGAUGAGUAUGAUGACACCGGAUAUGGCAACGAUAAACAUCCUGUUAAGACGGAAUCAUUGAAGAAGUCCUCAAAUAUGUUGCCCGUGCAUUGGACAUGUUCCAUGUGCACGUUCGAUAAUCAUGAAAGCAUGACAUACUGUGAGAUGUGUGGGGUUUUUCGUGAAACUUUUGUCAAAUCUGCCAAGGAUGGUUCAUUAAAAGAUUCAGUCAGAGCAGUGUCAAGUGAGCCUAGGACAUCUGCUGCGCCAAAAACUGAUUCUGCCAAGACGCCAAUGAAGACCCGUGCUGUAGAUUCUGAUGGUUGUUAUGCGAGAAAAAAUGCCAGUACGCCAUGUGAUAAAGCCAAUUCCACACAGUUACCAUCUGCUGGUAGCUCAUUGGGUGCUAAAAAGAAGAAGAAGACUCCUGUACUUUCUGAAGAAAUACCUGUGGAGAGGACAGCUCUAUUGGUCCCUGAUCAUUUUCAGCUGAAGGGUGACCAGAGUGGCGGGGCUAGCAGUUCUUCACAGAAUGAUUCUGUGAUCCAGAAACUCUCUUCUGACAUAAGCCAGCUAAAUGUAGACAAAAACAAUGUGAAUGUUACAAAACCUUGUUUGCCUGAAGAGUACAAGCCUGAGAAGUGGAUGUUAGCUGAUCAGGAGUCAGGGGUGCUGAGCCAGCUAAACCUUGCAAUAGUGGGUCAUGUUGAUUCUGGCAAGUCAACACUAUCUGGGAGAUUACUGCAUCUAUUAGGAAGGAUAUCGAGAAAAGAUAUGCACAAGAAUGAGAAGGAGUCGAAAGAGAAAGGGAAGGGAUCAUUUGCUUUUGCAUGGGCCAUGGAUGAGAGCAGUGAAGAAAGGGAACGAGGUGUGACAAUGACUGUGGCUGUGGCUUAUCUGGAGACGAAGAAAUACCGUGUGGUUUUGCUUGACUCACCUGGCCACAAAGAUUUUGUUCCAAAUAUGAUAUCUGGCGCAACACAAGCUGAUGCAGCCAUUCUUGUGGUUGAUGCUUCAACUGGUUCUUUUGAAGCUGGCAUGGAUGGUGAAGGAGGAAAAAGUGUUGGUCAGACCAAAGAGCACGCUCAGCUUAUUAGAAGCUUUGGAGUUGAACAGCUUGUUGUCGCAGUCAACAAGAUGGAUGCUGUUGCAUACUCAAAAGAAAGAUUUGAGUUCAUCAAACUACAACUUGGUAGUUUUCUGCGGUCAUGCAACUUCAAAGACUCAGCUAUUACUUGGAUUCCUCUUAGUGCUGUAGAAAAUCAAAAUUUGAUUAAACCUCCUUCAGAUGCUCGUUUGGCCUCCUGGUAUCAAGGGUUCUGUCUCUUGGAUGCUAUAGAUUCACUGCAGCUUCCUUCUCGGGAUGUUACAAAGCCUCUCAUUCUUCCAAUCUGUGAUGUUAUCAAGUCUCAGUCAACAGGGCAGCUGGCAGCUUUUGGAAAAUUGGAAACUGGAGCUAUUCAAAUUGGUUCAAAGGUGUUAGUUUUACCUUGCGGGCUAGAGGCGACAGUGAAAACCAUUGAGCGGGACACUAAUUCAUGCAGCAUAGCAAGAGCUGGUGACAAUGUGGCAGUUAAUUUACAGGGUAUUGAUGGGAAUCAACUAAUACCUGGGGGGGUUCUUUGCCACCCUGGUUUCCCUGUGGCUGUAGCUAACCACUUGGAGCUUAAGAUUCUAGUCCUGGACAUCACCAUUCCAAUUCUUGUUGGUUCUCAGGUGGAAUUUCACAUACAUCAUGCCAAGGAGGCCGCAAGAGUAACAAAAAUCAUUGCAUUGCUUGACAAGACCGGGAAACCAAGUAAAUCAGCACCUCGAUUUCUUAAAUCAAAACAGAACGCUGUUGUACAGGUUACCCUCGAUGUGGCGGUCUGCGUUCAGGAAUUCUCCAAGAGUCGAGCACUUGGGAGGGCAUACUUAAGGUUGUCUGGUCGCACGAUCGCUGUUGGUGUAGUUAAUCGGGUAAUUGGCCAAUAUGAGAACUAGAAGACCUACUCUUCUUGUGACCUGAACCGAAUCGCAGUCGUUCCUAGGGAUACUAUGUAAAGAUCUUAUCAGAAUCCUGGCGCUGGCAAAUUUUGUUUUGCUUUAUCGGCAUUAUCGCCAUUCCAAUGUAUUGAGAUUUGGCUAAGGUUGUCACAGAUGAGCUUUUUUUUUUUUCUA